AUGGCUACCAAAACUGCGGGCGGCAAUGCUGCCUUCCACAACUUCCACAACGACUUUGCCCAUAUCCAGGACCCCAAUGAGCGACGACGGCUGGCCCUGGCCGAGAUCGACAAGGCUCCCUUUGGCUGGUACCAUGUCCGCGCCAUCGUCGUCGCCGGGAUUGGUUUCUUCACCGACUCCUACGAUAUCUUCGCCAUCAACCUGGUCACGGCCAUGUUGGGUGUCGUGUACUGGCAGGAUGCUCCCAAUCCCAAAAACGCAGGCAAAAUCCCGUCCAACUCCGACACCGCCAUCAAGGUCGCCACCUCCGGCGGUACUGUCAUUGGUCAGGUGGCAUUUGGCUACCUUGCCGACGUGGUCGGCCGAAAGAGAAUGUAUGGCCUGGAACUGAUCCUGAUUAUAUUUGCCACGCUCGCCCAGGCUCUCUCGUCGGAUUCUCGUGCCAUUUCGGUGGUGGGACUCAUCAUUUUCUGGCGUGUUAUCAUGGGUGUCGGUAUCGGUGGUGACUAUCCCUUGUCCUCCAUCAUUACUUCCGAAUUCGCCACCACCAAAUGGAGAGGUGCCAUGAUGGGCUCCGUGUUCGCCAUGCAAGGUAUCGGCCAGUUCACCGCCGCCAUCGUGGCCUUGAUCGUGACCGCCGGCUUCAAGCAAUCUCUCAUUACCGCCAAGUCCGUCGACCUUUGUGACGGCGUUUGUCUGCUGGCCGUGGACAAGAUGUGGCGUGUCAUCGUCGGGUUUGGCGCGGUGCCAGGCUGUAUCGCAUUAUACUUCCGGCUCACCAUCCCUGAAACCCCCCGCUACACGUUCGACGUGGCCCGAGACUCGGAAAAAGCAGUGGCAGAUGUCCAGGCCUACAAGACGGGCAUGCGCGAAGGCCAUCCCGACGAGGUCAGCCGUGCCGCCGUCCUUCAAGAUUCCCGUACGCGUCUGGACCCCCCCAAGGCUUCCUGGCGCGACUUCUGGCGCCAUUACGGCCAAUGGAGGCACGGAAAGGUCCUUUUGGGAACGGCUGGGUCCUGGUUCUUCCUCGACGUGGCUUACUACGGUCUCGGUCUCAACAACUCCGUCAUCCUCAGCGCCAUCGGGUACGCGAGCGGAAGCAACGUGUACCUGAUUUUCCGCAACACCGCCAUUGGCAACCUGAUCAUCGUCUGCGCCGGCGCCAUUCCCGGGUACUGGGUCACCGUCGCGACUGUCGACACCAUUGGUCGGAAACCGAUCCAAGUGAUGGGCUUCUCCCUCUUGACCAUCAUCUUUGUCAUCAUCGGCUUUGCCUACCACAAGCUCCACGAAGGAGGCCUGUUGGCUUUGUACGUCCUGGCCCAGUUCUUCUUCAACUUUGGCCCCAACAGCACCACCUUUAUUGUCCCCGGCGAGUGUUUCCCCACCCGGUACCGAUCCACCUCGCAUGGUCUCUCCGCCGCCGCCGGCAAGGUCGGCGCCAUCAUCGCGCAGUGCGUGUUUGGGCCUCUUCGUACCAGAGGUCACCCGACCAAGGCGAACCCAUCUCCCUGGCUCAACCACGUCAUGGAGAUCUUUGCCCUCUUCAUGCUCUGCGGUGUCUUCACCAGUUUGCUCAUCCCCGAGACUAAGCGCAAGACGCUCGAAGAGCUGGCCGGCGAAGUGCCUGGCACAAAGAACUACGAUCCCGAGAGUGCCGGUCACCGCAGGGAGUCCUACGCGUCUGCCCACCCGGUCGCUUCGACUCCCGACGAGAUUGCUGAACAGAAGCCGACCGUCUAA